GCAUUUAGUUGUCUAUCGCCAUAUUAAUUGGAUAUUUUUGCAUUUUCCUUUGAAUUUUUGUGAAAUUCACAAAUACAAGCACUGAGGAAAUGUCUGAAUUAUCUCUCGACAAACUAUUGACUGAUGAAGAAGAAGAACGGGAAAUUUUGUCUGAAAUUGGCGAGGAGGAUGAGGAUGCCCUCCUACAAGACGACGAAGAUGUCCUUAGUUUGGAAAAGGAACUUGGAGAUUCUAUGGAGACAGAAUCUAGCAAUAAGCAGGCAGAUGCUGAAGAACAAAAAUCUUCUAGGAAAGAUAAAUUUGCCACGGAAAGGAAAAUAAUCACUGCUCCAGAAUCAGAGAAUAAUUUCAUUGAUAAUCUGAAUACGAACAAAUUCAGAAGACCACUAAACAACAGAAUCAAUCGGGGCAGGGGCAUCAUGAGACCACAACAAUAUCACAACCAAGUAAAUGGCAGACAAUUUAGGCACUUCAAUCAGCAAGGCCCACCAGGUAGAAACAAAACGGUUUUGAUUAAUCCUAGAUUCCAAGGAGUAGUACAUUGGAACAAUAAUGCUCGCCUUGCAUGGGACGCUCAACAACACCAACAACGAAAUCCCAACAGUAAUUGGAGCAACGGUCCUCAUGCUGACUCAAUGGGCCCUCCUGUUUCUUACCAACAUCAGAAUUGGCAAAUGCAAGGGCAACCGCCUCAGUUUCAACCUCCUAGGCAGUUCCAGCCUCCUCUUCAAAUGCAGGGUCCUAAUCCGCCCAUGGGUCAUCAGCCAUUUCAGCAUAAUAUGCCACCGUAUCAACAGCAACAGCCACCGCAGUUUAUGCAUCAACCAAUGCAGAAUGGAAUGCAACAGCAGUCUAGUCUGGGGAUGGGGCCCCCACAAUACUGGGAUGGCCAAAAUUAUGUGCCUCCAAUGCAUCAGGGCCCCAAUCAGCAACAUAUGCCUUACCAGCAGCAAAACUUCUAUGAGCAUCAGCCAGACAUGAUGAACACCAGUCAGCCACCUCCACAAAUUGAAUAUCCCAAUUUUCAGUACAACAAUCAACAUUUUAAUAAUCAGGCCCAGGGCCCUCCCCCAAUGCAACACCCUCCGCCAAUGCAACAUCCACGGCAAAUGCAACAUCCUCCGCAAAUGCAGCACCCUCAAAAUAAUCAAAAUGUUUUCGUGAAAAACUUCAAUAACGGACAAAAACGGGAGUUGUUUACUAAACGAAAGGGCACUCCAAAUAAUUUUCCAAUACAAAAGAAGCGAAUUAUUCAGGAUCGUUUGGGCAUCAACAAUCAAUCAAAAACUAUUACCAAUAACAGAGAUAAUCUUCCAUCUGUCAUAAAAAAAGUGAGGGUCACUAAUGUAACUACAUUAAAAAUUGAGGAUGACCAAGCAACGCGUGACCUAAGGAUGAAAAUCGAAGAGCAAAAGAAAGCAAGGGAGCAACUGUGCAAGUGGAAGGAAUUACGAAGGUUGCAAAAUUUGCAAGAUCAGCAACAAUCGCCAGUUAGACAGGUGCAGGGACGGCAACUCCAUGGAAGAGGACGGGGUGGUCAUCAUCAGCAGCAUAAUCGUAUUGUGCUACAACAUCAGCAAGGACCAGCUAAAACGCGCCAGCCGGUAUUACAACAAAUUAGACAAAUAGAUGAUCAAUCUAUUAAACAACUGACAGCUCGUCGAGUGGUAACUGCCGGACAGAUCCCGCUCAAAAUCGAGGAACCAGAGAUCCAAUUAAACAGUACGUUUUUGCAGGGCCGUAAAGUCCUAGCGAAGGACGAUUCGCUAACGAAUACUCGAACGGUGGUGAUUAAAAAUCUCGCCACUAGUACAGGAGACAAAAAAGUUAUUCAGAUUUGUAGGAAUAUCGGGGAAGUGCAGAAGCUACACAGGGAUAAGGGACAGGCAACUAUAACAUUCAAAAGUGUCGCUUCGGCGCACGCUUUUUUUAAGAAAUACCAGCGACACAUGCUCGAUCUGUCUAUGAUUGAGGUGUCGCUGACUCCAGACCAAGACGAACAAGCUAAUUAGACAGUUUGUGUGCUAUGUUGUCUAUUUUAGUUAUAAGGUGUGCUAUGUAUUGUUCAGAUGACAUUAGAAUUUAGUAUUUAAAAAUAGAGAACAUUUCUUUUAUAAGAUAAAAAUUGCUAGGUGGUAACAUUGGUAAAUGUCCCACAACUAUCAUCUUUGUAUUUUAUGGCAUUAUUUACAUAGAAAAAUGGUUGGUUAAUAAAUUUUUUUGAAUUUGGAACAGGCACUUUUUUCUACUCUUGUUCCUGAUUUUGAGCUCAUUGGUGGGUACAAUAACUGAACUUUUGUUGAACUGAAACUGUAGAUAGAAAGAAAAAGAAGAAGAGGAAGACCGAAGAGAGAAAGAAAAUAAAAAAAAAGAAGCCCAAAGCCAGAAGAAUUUUGAAUUUCAAGGAGACUAGAUUCAAACAGGAACAAACCAGACUCAGGAAAAUUCUUUAAGUGCGAGAUGAUAAAUGGACGAAUGCAAUUCCAAAAUGUUUAAGGACCCUGAGAGGCAUAAUACUGCUGAUAGUAAGAAGCUGCAGAAUAAUGGAAUCAUUUUGGAAAUGAAUGGUAAAUAGACGUGGAAGAGAAAGUGUUUUCGACGGAACUUUCUGUGGUUCAAAGUUCCUAUACAAAUCGUGUAAUAUGUAAGUAAGAGUGAAUUUGGUAAAGUCAAAUUAGCUCAAUAAAUGUGGUUUUUGUUAGUAAAAUGAGUUUUUAGGUGAACAGUAUUUUGGUAUUGUUCCGUCAUAAGCGAAUUCAUAACGAAGUGGAACUACUUUUCCGAACAGAAAUCAAUUUUCAUUUCAAGACAUCUCUUAGAUUCUCUAGAAUUCGAUACAUGAAAUCCCUAAUAGCGCUGUAUAAUAAUUCUCCGGCUAGAAUAGUCUUUCAAGUCAAGGCCAAAGUCCUUGAAUAUUCCAGUCAUUAGGCCUACAGAGGUUUGACAAAAUGUAGGGGUUGAGAUGCUAUUUCUGUUAUUUUAUAACAGGCUAAAUUAAACAAAGAGGCAUUGCUAAUGACAAAAAAAAUGCCAUAGUGGAAAUUACACAAUACACAAUAAAUUCAAAGGACAGACAAUCCAAUCAACUGCUUCCUAAUGAGUAAUGCAGUCUCAGCAUUCAUUUUUAUUUCGCUUUUUUGACGUGUCUAUGGAUUUGUUUUAAAAUGCUUGUCUUGUAUCAAAGUUAGGGCAUUUGCAGAUUACAAUCGUUUACCAAUGUUGCCAUAUUAGUAAUUUAAUAGUUUUUAAGGAUAUAUUUUUGUGAAAUUGAAAUUCUUCGUUUAUUGUGGGCUAGUUUUUAAUGAUUUUAUUUUUCCUAAACCAAUGCUUAGGCAUACUUUAUUUGAUACGAUUUAAGAUAUAUCCCUAGAAGACAUGAUUUAAUCUUAAUCUCAAGGUAAAUUUAAGUAGGUAUUGAAUUUUGAUAAUAGUAACUAAAACAAUUUAAAUUAAGAAUAAAUAUUUCAAAACUUUUUAAAAUUACUUUUUACAGUGAAACUUUGGAUUUGUUUUGUACUUUUAGUUAUUUAGUGCUAUAAGCUAGUUGCUAAUUUGUAUAUUUUACUUACAUGUUUUUUUUAGACAUUAUUUCAUAAGAACUGAAAAACUGCUUAGGCAACUAAACUUUUUUGUUUUUUUAUAGCAUAAUCUAUUACAGAUACGUAUUACUUUAUACAUUGAUAUUUAGUAUGUUACAUUUUUCAGUUAGUGUUUUAAGGGUUUUAAACAUUAUUUUAUUUUUGUAUGGUGUAUGAAUGAAAAUUUGUUUUUAGUUAUUAAACAUUUUGAAAGUGAA